AUGGUGGAAGGGGCAGUCGUGGAAGAGCUGGUGCUCGUGGAAGAAGAGCUUGCUGUCGAAGCCGACGAAGAUGAGGUGCUUGAGGCGACAGCACUGGAGGAAGAAGAGGUCUUUGUCGAGGUGCUCGGGGCCACGGCGAUGGUGGAAGAAGAGGUCUUUGUCGAGGUGCUGAAGGCAACGGUGCUGGUGGAAGACGAGGUGCUCGGGGCGCCAAUGCUGGUAGAAAAAGAAAUCUUUGUCGAAGGCAAAGAUAAGGAGAUGCUCGAGGGAAUAACGCUGGUAAAAGGCAAGCUGCUCGGGGCGCCAAUGCUGGUCGAAAAAGAAAUCUUUGUCGAAGGCAACGAUAAGGAGAUGCUCGAUGCAAUAGCGCUGGUGAAAGAGUACAUGCUCGGGGCCACAGCGAUGCCGGAAGACGAGGUGCUCGUAGCGGAAGACGAGGUGCUCGUGGCGGCAGUGCUAAUAGAAGACAAGGUGCUCGGGGCGCCAAUGCUGGUGGAAAAAGAAAUCUUUGUCGAAGGCAAAGAUAGGGAGAUGCUCGGGGCAACAGCGCUGGUGAAAGAGUACAUGCUCGGGGCCAAGGCGAUGCCGGAAGAGGAGGUUCUCGUAGCGGAAGACGAGGUGCUCGUGGACACAGCGCUAGUAGAAGAUGAGGAGGUGCUCGAGGCUACAGCGCUGGUGGAAGACGAGGUGCUCGAGGCAACAGCGCUGGUGGAAGAAGAUGAGGUGCUGGGGGCCACAGCGAUGGUGGAAGACGAGGUGCUCGUGGCGACAGCACUAGUAGAAGACGAGGAGGUGCUCGAGGCAACAGCGCUGGUGGAAGACGAGGAGGUGCUCGAGGCAACAGCGCUGGUAGAAGACGAGGAGGUGCUCGAGGCAACAGCGCUGGUGGAAGACGAGGAGGUGCUCGAGGCAACAGCGCUGGUGGAAGAAGAUGAGGUGCUGGGGGCCACAGCGAUGGUGGAAGACGAGGUGCUCGUGGCGACAGCACUAGUAGAAGACGAGGAGGUGCUCGAGGCAACAGCGCUGGUGGAAGACGAGGAGGUGCUCGAGGCAACAGCGCUGGUAGAAGACGAGGAGGUGCUCGAGGCAACAGCGCUGGUGGAAGACGAGGAGGUGCUCGAGGCGACUGCGCUGCUAGAGGAUAAGGAGGUGCUUGAGGCGACUGCGCUUGUGUAG